AUGAACAAUAUCACCAUGUCCACAAGAAAAGGCAACAAUAUGGUCUUUCUUCGCUUCUACCUUCUGUUGGCUUGUUGUGCGAGUCUUUGCACAGUUGGGAACGCCGCUGGUAUGGGUGGAGGCGCAAGGGGUCAGGGAGACGAUGCUGGUAUGGGAGACGCUGGUGGCCAGGAGCUUGUAGGGACGCAACGCGGUCCUGCGAGAAGAUUCAAGCUGAAGAACACGAAGCUGCAUCCAAACCAAUUGAGUAUAGACCUCCAGUUAAGGGCUACUUUUAGUUCUUUCCACUAGACUAACACCCAUUUUCUAGGUCUUUCCGCUGAAUCACACUCACUUUUUAGAAAAGUUUUCCACUAACAUCUAUUUUUUGAUGAGUUCUUUCCAAUUUAGAAUGCUUCUUUUUUCUAAUCCAAACUUUGAGUGGGGAGGUUGUGGUCGAGAAGCUACAAGUUGAUCCGAACGCCACUGGAAAGUGGUUCUUUUCUUUAAGGCUUCCUCAAAUUCAUGCGAAAACUGGAGUUUAUCGGAUAUAGAAGGUCGUGGUCAUCAUGUUCAAGCCGAAGAAUGCUAGAACAAAGAGACUACUAACGUCUUAACUAGCAUCUUGUUUGGUCCCCCCUUUAUAAAGGGGAAUUCGUGCAGCUGCCCAAAGUGGCUAUCAAGCUAAAUGUGUGAACGAUGACCUCUUAUUCAAAAAUGAGAGAUGAAUGUGUGAAAGAUGAAUGUGUAGUGAAAGCUGCCCUCCCAAGAUGACCUUUUUUAAAGGGGUCUACCUUCUGCUCGUAUUUUUAAGGUCUAACUUCUGCUUGCCAGCGGGCCGUGGCUCGUUUUAGCACGAAUCAGAAGAAAGUCGCCAAUCAAGGUGGCACCGAAGAAGAAGCUGGGAGGCUCUCCUCUACCCAAUUUGUGAUCGAUGCUUCUACUCAGUUUGUCUACGGCGACCGAUGCUUCUAUCCAGCUUCAAAGUCGUCCGCUGCAAAAACUAUAUUUAAGGGCUUUCAACACCAUUACCAUUACCAAGACACUAUUAGCAUUAUACCUCUUUUCUAUCUUCCUCUGGUCUGUCUUUUUUCUAGUUAGGUCGGCUCCACCACAAUUAUACCAAGUAGAGACACCAUUACCAUCACCAAGUGCAAUGUUGUUACAUCCUCCUGCUCCUCUGUGAUCCAUCUUGGCUUACCAAGUUUAUUGCUUUUUCGCCGUGCACCUUCAAGAACACUACAACUACAAAGUCCUUCAAGGAAGGCAAUGCAAACACCUCUUGCUAGGCACAUUCAUUCAUUCAUUCACUCAUACUAAUCUAUCAUGCUCUUCCUUUUACAUCCUUCACUGAGAUCCUUCUUAGCCUAUAAUUUCCUUCUUGGCGUAUUAUUUUAUUCAUCCUAGUAGUAUUUCAUGACCUCCGCGAUUCUAGGACUCUCGACCACGGACGAUGAACAAGAUUCGGGUCGUGGCUCCAAUCGCAGACUCGGACUCGCGGGAGGUGUAGGUGGAAAUGAUGGUGGAGGUGGAGGAUCGUCUGUGCC